AUGAAUACGAAUUACGCACCACCUGGAAGAGGUUCUACCCUUCGAAGGGGUAAAACUUUAACUAGACCUGAACGUCAACAACCUAUUACACCACUUUUAACAGGGAAAAAAGAAAGAAAACCUUUAGAUCCCUGGGUAAUAUUUUCUCGUGUUGUCACCAUUUGGGCUCCAAACAUUGCCCUAUCAAAAAUUGGCGGACUUCAUGAUAAAAUGUCUCAACAAGCUUGGAGAGAGAAGGUCGCUUUAUGUUUUAUUGCUAUUAUUAUGGGCGCAAUUGUAGCCUUUUUAACUAUAGGUUUUAGGCCUACUUUAUGUCCAGAAGAUCAAGCCAAUAAUGCUGAAACAUACUUACCUUAUGGGGUUACUAGAUGGCAUUUUGACAUCUCGAAAGCAAGAAUCAAUGAAAUAAAUUUUAUCGAACUUUCAGCUAAACAGCCAGGAUUAGAUAUCACUCCACUUUUUAAACGCGAUGUUAGUCAAAUACCAAGUUGUUCAAAUCCUUCGAUCCAAAAAUUUGCUGCCGUUACAACUCCAUUAUGUAAUGUUACUGUAAAUAAUAAUUGUCCACUUCGACCACUUGCUCAAGCAGCUACCGCAUAUAACUUAUAUAAUACAAGCAAAUUGGUUGGUUUUGAUUGGAAGCAAUUGGGUAACCUUACUAACUAUAUAGUCCUUGAUGGAAAAGUACUCAAUUUCGAUUCUUACUUUAACGCCCAUCCACAACCAAUUGCCGAUGAUUUACUUGAUGCUAUCAUUCGAAAUACUAAAAAUAAUUCUCAUCCUUCGGGUGGUAAAGACGCUACUCGCUUAUUUUAUAAAACAAGCGAAACAAAAGAUGCAAUGAAUUGUCUCCAAGAUAAAUACUAUGCCGGUCACAUAGACAAAGAAACUAUUGGUUGUUUCACAUCAGAUCUGUUUAAUUUUAUCAUGUUGGUGAUCAUUUUGGGUGUGGUUAUGGCCAAAUUUAUAAUGGCUUGUAUAUUCAAUUGGUUCUUGUCUCAUCUGCUUGCUCUUGAACCAAAAAAAGAAAAGAAGGCUGUAAUAUCUCCGCAAGUUCUUUCUGGCGGUUAUGCAAAAAAACAUCCCGCUCCAUGGGCCCAUAAGAAUGAUUCUGGUUCUGUAGUUAAAACAAUUGGUAAAGAUGAGAUUGGGAAUGAUCUUUUCACUGUAUUGCUUAUAACUUGCUAUUCUGAGGGUGAAGACGGCAUUCGUAUCACAUGUGAAUCGAUGGCUGGGACUGAUUAUCCUGAUGAUCGUAAAUUGUUAUUUUUAGUUUGUGAUGGCAUAAUUACUGGUAGUGGGAAUGAAAAAAGUACACCGGAUAUUUGUGUUAAUCUAAUGGAAAUUGAACAAGGUUUUGAAGAUCCAAAUCCUCAAAGUUAUAUUGCUAUCGCUGCUGGAAAUAAACAGCACAAUAUGGCAAAAGUUUACGCGGGAUAUUUUCCAUAUGAAAAUCAUCGUGUUCCAAUGAUUGUUGUUGUUAAAUGUGGUAAUCCAGAUGAACAAAAUUCGCCAAAACCUGGGAAUCGAGGAAAAAGAGAUUCUCAAUUGAUAUUAAUGAGUUUCUUUAGUAGAGUUACCUACAAUGAUCGUAUGUGUGCUUUAGAUUAUGAUUUGUUUGGAAAAAUUCAUCAUCUGAUGGGCGUGACUCCAGAUUUUUUUGAAUUGGUUUUGAUGGUGGACGCUGAUACAAAAGUUUAUUCAGAUUCUCUAAGACUUUUGGUUAACUGUAUGUGUAACGACCAAUUAAUUAUGGGUCUAUGUGGCGAAACUAAAAUUGGCAACAAACGUGAUUCAUGGGUCACUGCAAUUCAAGUAUUUGAAUAUUAUAUAUCGCAUCAUUUGGGUAAAGGUUUUGAAUCAGUAUUUGGUGGUGUGACAUGUUUGCCAGGUUGUUUUUGUAUGUAUCGUUUCAAAGCUCGUAAAGGUGAUAAUGACUGGGUUCCUAUCAUAGCAAAUCCAGAAAUCGUGCAAGAAUAUAGUCAAAAUGAGGUCAAUACACUUCAUCAAAAGAAUUUAUUAUUAUUAGGAGAAGAUCGUUUUUUGACAACUCUUAUGCUUAGACAUUUUCCUAAUCGUAAAAUGACAUUUUGCCCUCAAGCUAUUUGUAAAACAAUUGUGCCAGAUGAAUUUAAAGUUUUAUUAUCUCAACGUCGUAGGUGGAUCAAUUCAACAAUUCAUAAUUUAAUGGAACUUGUUUUAGUUAGAAAUCUUUGUGGAACUUUUUGUUUCUCAAUGCAAUUUGUGGUUUUCAUGGAAUUACAAGGAACAAUUGUGCUGCCUGUUGCCAUCAUGUUAACUUUCACACUGAUCAUCUCAUCAAUCUUAAAUCCGCCACAUGAUUUUGCUGAAUCAAUACCUUUAUUGAUGUUGGCUGCUAUACUAGGUCUACCAGCUAUAUUAAUUUUAAUUACUACUCGUAAACUUGUUUAUAUUGCUUGGAUGUUGAUUUACUUGUUAGCUUUGCCAAUUUGGAAUUUUGUUUUACCAACUUAUGCUUAUUGGCAUUUUGAUGAUUUUUCAUGGGGCGAAACUAGAAAAGUUGAAGGUGAAAGUAAAGGAGAUGAUCAUGGUAAAAAGGAGGGACAAUUUGACAGAUCGAAAGUUCCGUUGAAAAGAUGGGAAGAUUGGGAGCGUACUAGAAUUCGUAGAAUUAAACGCAAAGAACGUCAACGACAACAAUUAGAAAGUGGCUCCAUACAUUUAACACAUCUAAGUAUGGCCAGUGAAGAGGAUGUUAGUUUAAUUCCUCCAAAUUCAUCACAUUACGACGAUGAUGAAACAUCAUCAAUCAAGUCAGGUGCAACACAUGAUCUCGUAGAUGAAGAGAUUGCACUUAUUUUUUCCAAAUAUUUUUCUUUUUGA